UUCGCGUGGCGGACUGCGCCUGCGCGAAGCCGGUGGAGACGCGUGCCUUCGGGAAGGUGGCGGGGAAGGAGGGCCUGGAGCGCUGCCCUGUGAAGCGAGCACUCGCGUGCGGGCGACGCGGCGGGGUGACGAGGGGCUGGAAGUCCGGGCUGCGUUCACGGGCCAGACGUUUCGAGUGAGAGCCCAUUUGACCUUUCCUGGAAUCCGGUAUCUGGGCCAGGACAGGACUGAGGGCAGCGAGUGUCAGUCAGCGGCCAGGGACGUGAGACGACCGAGGCUGCAAAGGCCGUGGAGGGGAAAGCCAGAGAUGGAUCUUGUGAGAUUUGCCCGGCUCUUCUCCCGCCCCCGCCCUGUGGGACUAUAUGCCCUUCAGUACCUUGACCUCAGAGUCAAGUGGGCAGGAGGCAGGGAGGGGCCUAAAUGGCUGAGGGCUUCGGGGCUGACACAAGCCUUCAGCAGCUCCCCUUCUCAGCUGCCCCUUGGCCAGGGGGACCAGAAGAAGAGGAACAGCAUCAGCUCUGACCUGAGCCAGCCCGGCCCCACAGCCACUCAGGAGGAAGAGGAAGAGAGCUUUGGGACCCUCUCCAACAAAUACUCCUCGAGGAGAAUGUUCCGAAAAUCGACAGCCCAGUUGUAUAACCUACGGCUGAGGGAACAGAGUGUUGAAGAAGAUGAGGAGAGGUACCUGGAGCCAAAGCCAUGGCAGGGCCGGAAAAACACCCCUUACUGGUACUUCUUUAGGUGCAAACACCUCAUCAAAGAAGGAAAGCUGGCUGAAGCCCUGGACCUGUUUGAGAGGCAGAUGCUGAAGGACGAACAACUCCAGCCCCUCGAGUGCAACUACACGGUGCUGAUCGGCGGCUGUGGGCGAGCCGGAUACCUGAAGAAGGCCUUCAGGCUCUACAAUGAUAUGAAAAAACGGGACCUGGAGCCCUCAGAUGCCACGUAUACGGCUCUGUUCAACGUCUGCGCUGAGUCCCCCUGGAAGGACUCUGCUCUGCAGAGCGCCCUGAAGCUCCGGCAGCAGCUCCACGCCAGAAACUUCCAGCUCAACUUGAAAACAUACCAUGCACUGCUGAAGAUGGCUGCCGUGUGCGCAGACCUCAGGAUGUGCCUCGACGUGUUCAAGGAAAUCGUCCAGAAAGGGCAUGCAGUCACCGAGAGGACCUUCAGCUUCCUGCUCAUGGGCUGCCUCCAGGACAAGAAGACGGGUUUCCGAUAUGCCCUGCAGGUGUGGAGGCAGAUGCUGAGUCUAGGGCUCCAGCCGAGCCAGCAUAGCUACAACCUGCUCCUGGGGGUAGCUCGAGACUGCGGCCUGGGGGACCCGGAGGUGGCAUCGGCACUGCUCCUGAGGCCCAGAGAGGAGACAGUCAUGCUGCAGCCCCUGGCCGGUGGGUUUCGGGCAAGGAGGAGAGCCCGGGCCCCGGUGGGCAAUGGCAUGGUCAGACUGGAUGUGGAGGCCCUGGAGAAGCAGCUGUUUCUGGAACCUUCUCAGGUGCUUGAGGGCCCUCCAGAGCCUCAGGAAGCCAGAGGCCCCAACAAGGCCCAGCCCAAGGUGGAAACCAAGACAGAACCUGACCACAUGAUGGCCCUCACUUCUUUGGCCCGAGAGCCUUCUCCCCAGGAGCUGGAGACGAACCUCCUGACCUUGGGAGCAGUCUCCCCAGCUGUGGUCUCCUUUGGGACCGUGACCACACCAGCUGACAGGCUGGCCUUGAUGGGGGGCCUGGAGGGCUUCCUCGGCAAGAUGGCAGAGCACGGGCUCCGGCCCAACAUCAAAACCCUCACGCUGCUUGCUGAGGUGGUGGAGCCCGGGAGUCCUGCGGAGUCCUCACUGCUGAAUGUCCUGGACAUGCACCAGGUGGAGGCUGAUGUGACGUUCUUCAACACGCUGAUGAGGAAGAAGAGUAAGCUUGGAGAUCUGGAGGGGGCCAAGGCGCUGCUGCCACUCCUGGCAAAGAGGGGGAUCUUCCCCAACCUGCACACAUUCUGCAACCUGGCCAUCGGGUGCCACAGGCCGAGGGAUGGCCUGCAGCUGCUUGCAGACAUGAAGAAAUCCCAGAUGACUCCCAACACCCACAUCUACAGCACCCUCAUCAACGCCGCCCUCAAGAGGCUAGACUACACCUAUCUCAUUGACAUCCUGAAGGACAUGAGGCAGAACAGAGUCCCGGUGAAUGAGGUGGUCAUCCGCCAACUGGAGUUUGCAGCCCAGUACCCACCCAGCUUUGAUCGGUACAAAGAGAAAAACACCUACUUGGAGAAGAUUGAUGGCUUCCGAGCUUAUUAUAAGCAGUGGCUCAAAGUGAUGCCAGCAGAGGAGACCCCCCACCCAUGGCAGAAGUUCCGGACCAAGCCCAAGGGGGACCAAGAUGCCAUCGCUGAGGCUGACACGGACAGAGACCUUGGAGGCAGGUGAAGGGAGGCCCCAGGGACCUCUGGCAGAGCUGGAACAGAGUGCAUGGUGUUUACAGGGCUCUGUGGGAGCCCUGGGAUGCUUUCUGUAGCUGACCCACGAAUGUGCUCCUGUGGCCUCCAGUGCGAGGGCCCAGAGGAAGAGCUGUGGCAUUCUGCAGGCAUUAGUUUGAGGGCACACUGGGACCAGCCUGACGAGUCCGUGGCAGGUCCAAGAGCAGUUUGGCCCACCAUGGCACACCAUCUCAGGUCAUCCUUCACCAGAGUGAACUGGUUCACAGUCAUACAGCACCUAUGAGAUGGAGUUAGGAUUGAGUUCCUAAGGGUGAAGGGUCCCCCAGGCCUGGUGCUCACCCACUGGCGAGCCAUCUACACAUGGCUGGCUCUCUGAAAGAACAAAUGCAGGGCCCAAAAGGUUUAAAAGGUUUAUUUCUACAAAUCACAGCUAAUAAACAUCAAAGCCUUAACAUGUAGAGACCAUGCUCCCACUUGGGCCUGGAGCAUCACUCUGCAAAAAAAAGCCGCUCCCAGGAGAGGGCGUGCUGGACAGGCAGAAACCUGCGAAGUCCAUGGUUCAGGGUGAAGAGAGGUCAGGGCCCGACGGCCUCAGCCAGAGCAGCCCCGGCAGCCACAGUGCGUGCACUCGAUGAUCCGGCCCUGCAACAGAGGAAAGCUGAGACACUGCACUUCUGCCAUGUGUCACCCCUCCCUGCACAAGCAGCAAACCUCCCGCCAAGAAGCGUGGUGGGACAUUCACGGUCUGUGGGACACUCCUCAGAAAGCCCUCCGUGACAGAUGCAAACAGCUGCUGCACACGCUGAAGCUACAUUUCUGUGCACUUAAUUUGUGCAAAUUCUAUGUGACAUGCUUGCCCCCCCCAAAGCCCACCUACUGAACAAUUCUUGUUAUUCUGUGAAAUGAGCAUGACAUACCCUUCAAUGAGCUAGCAGUUGAGUUGGUCUGUGGACUACUCAGGGGGUUCAGUGCCAGGGGCCUCCGGGCUGGGGAACUAGUGGGGGCACCGAGGAUGAGGAUGUAUGCCUGAAUCUGUAUGGCAGAAGAGUCCUGUCCCCUGGGCCAGGUGGGCCCCAAUGUCUGGCUGGGAGCCUGCCCAACAGACAGAAGGCCCUAGAGCAGUGGUUUGUGUUGAUUUUCCUUUUUCCUCUUUUUUGGAGGAGCAAGACCCUUACCUAAGCAAACAAGAUCAGAAGGUGAAACCCACCUCAAGCUAAAGCAGACUCUAUCCUGGCCACAGGGCCCGCUGGGGCAGCACCCCUGACCCAAUGCCACCACAGAAUCCUGGGGCUCUCGGGGGGGGGGCUUCUGCCAUUUCACCACCUCUCCCUGUCCCUACCAGAAAAUCCACACCUGGAUUCUUCCCUCAGGGAGGCAGCCCUCAUUCGAUGCCCACCGCUCUUUGACCUUCCAGGUGAUUCAGGGAGACAGAGCUACCCGCUGAGCUAAAGCCCUUGGCCUGGAGUCAAAGCUCUAUAAAGUGUAACUAGUCUGCAGCAUAGAGGGACCGUGACGAGGCACCUGCAUGACAGGUGGCCACCUGGGAGGCAGGCAGUCCAGCCUGACCACCUGGCUGGGCCAACGAAGAGCAGCCAAGGGUGCUGCACUCAAAUCCACUAAGGCUAACAUUAAUCACAGUAACUGUCUGCUUCCGUCUCUAGCUCCAGUUCAGAGGCUGGCGCUGUGAGCUCAGCUACUGCACACCCAGCAUCAUUCCAGAGCUCCCCAGUCCACUUUGAGAACAAAGUUCCAACAGAAGAAAUACAGAGUAAUUCUGAGGAAAAAGAGGCCUGGAAAAAAGGGUACCUGAAGUGUGAGCACCAGGGGGGAAGGACAGGAAUGCCUGCUUCCUGGCCCAUGCUUCCCUGACUCAGCCUCCCCACCCCCAGGUCAUACAAGAGGAAAGACUUCGGAACUUGCCCAAGGGUGGAGUUCAGACUGACCCCCAGACCUAAGACGCCACUGCUGCCAAACUGCCAGGUGUGGGUUCCCUGAGAGGGAUUUCCUCCCUGGGGAACAGCCAGCAGGUCAUUCAGCCACCAGGACUACAUUCCAGCCCAACAAAACAGUGUAAAAUCCCCUGGCUUCGCCCAGGGCAGACUUCUGAACUGGAAAGGGAACCUCAAACUCGAUCAUCAGACGUUACAGGGGUGGAGACCUUACUUACCACUUCCAGCUUGCUUUUGGGGACCCGGCAAAUGCAGUUCGUCCCAAAAUUGGUGUCCCGUGUCUGAAUGCACCGCAGGCAGCAUAAAUUCUCAUACCCCUGCUUUUUCCAUUUUGCGAUCAGGUUUUUAUCUGCAUAGCCUUCUUUAAUACAGUAUUCAUAUAGUUCUGUCCAGAAAAUGGGGAAAGGACAUCAGUCCACAGUAUAACAAAGCUGCCCCAACCCAUCACCACUCUUCCUUAAAGACUAUUUAGGGGCACCUGGGUGGCUCAGUCAGUUAAGCAUCUGGCUUCAGCUCAGGUCAUGAACUCUCGGUUCGU